AUGAUUGCUUGUUUUGUGGCUUUUGAAGCUGCACUUCAGCUUCAUUUACCUGGAAAAAGGGUUGAGGGUCCAAUUUCUCCCGAAGGGAACCAACCUGUUUACAAGGCAAAUGGCUUGGCGGCAUACAUAGUGACAUUGGUUACCUAUGCUAGCCUUUGGUGGUUUGGUAUAUUCAACCCUGCAGUUGUUUAUGAUCAUCUGGGUGAAACAUUCUCUGCCCUCAUUCUUGGAAGAUUUGUCUUCCUGUUUUUUCUUAUACGUAAAAAUACGGCAGCUGGAAUUUAUCUUUGUUGGGGAUUCUUGGUAUGGCUUCCAUGCGUUUAUACUUCCCCUGGCAUGUACCUAGUUAACCAUCCUGUGAACCUCGGAAUUCAGAUUGUGGCCUCAUACACUACGACAUCGGGGGAAACAAAGACAAGUCUCCUUUUAGCAUCAGGAUGUUUCUACCCUAUUUCUCUUUUGCAUUUCAAAGUCAUCCUUCUUUUUGAUCGAGCCAAGAGGAGCGACGACCGAUGUCGAUCCAAGUAUGGGAAGUACUGGAAGAGUGGAAGUUGUAUUGCAAGAAGGUUCCCUACCUCAUUAUUCCUGGAAUCUGCUGAGACUCUUCGCGCAUUAUAUAUCCCUUACCUCUAG